AUAAAAUUAAAAUUCAGAACGAGCAAAGCAUCCAUCAUCUACUCACUCACUCGCUCACUCAUUCAUUCAUUCGAUCAUAUCCACGUCAUCAGUUCCGUCCUUGGGCAACCAUCUCAGGAUUAUUAGCCAUUAAUUCAGAGAAACCUCAUGGGGGACCGUUCAAAAUCUCCUUUUAGGAUACAAAGGCCUUCUCGUAGGAGCCCUUCCAGAAGAGAGAGAUCACCUGCUCGUCACCGGAGUUCACACUCAACAAAAUCACCUCUCAGAGAAAAGCCUCCUGGACGAACAAAGUCCCCAAGACGCCCAAAGUCUCCCGUUACUCGCUCACCAGUUAGAGAGAAACCUUCAAGUCAAAACCAGUCUUCCAAGCAUACACGAUCAAGGUCGCCGUCAGAUCGUGUUCCCUUGAGAGAACCACCUUCAAAAUCAGUCGUAUCUCGAUCACCGUCACCAAGGAGUAAAAGGUUAAGAAGAGACAGGUCAGAUCACAAGGGUGAUAAAUCAAGUGAAAGAGGGAAUGACAAGAAUCAUGAGAAGGCUAGGUCCCCAGUACGCCGAGUCUCUAGGUCCCCUGAAUCCCGAUCGCCAUCACCACGUACCAAAAGGUUGAGGAGAGCUCAAGCUGAUAAGGCGGAUAAACCGAGUGACAGGGCUACACGUAAGGAAAGGGAUUUAGAAAUUGAGAGAAGGGAUCGAAAGCCUGGAAGGGAUGCAUAUGACAACAAGUCCAGACAUGGUGAACAUCACAGGACUAGACACAGGUCUCACUCGCCUUCACGUGAUGAGGGAAAUAACUUAAGAGAAGGUGAUCAUCGGAAUGGUGAUGAUGAUUCAGUUGCACAGAUGAAGGCUGCUGCAGAGGCUCUUGAAACUAAGCAAAAGGAAAAGCCUUCCUUUGAACUAUCAGGAAAGCUUGCUGCUGAAACUAAUAGGGUUAAAGGCGUGACACUGUUGUUCACGGAGCCACCUGAGGCAAGGAAACCAGAUAUAAGAUGGAGACUGUAUGUUUUCAAAGGUGGUGAAAUGCUCAAUGAACCCUUAUAUGUGCAUCGGCAAACUUGCUAUCUCUUUGGGAGAGAAAGGAGAGUAGCCGAUAUUCCAACUGAUCAUCCAUCUUGCAGCAAACAGCAUGCAGUCCUCCAGUACCGGCAAGUUGAGUUCGAGCAACCUGAUGGCAUGUUAGCCAAGGAAGUAAGGCCUUACAUAAUGGAUCUUGGAAGCACAAAUGGGACUUUCAUAAAUGAUAACCGUAUUGAACCAGAGCGAUAUCAUGAACUUAUGGAAAAAGACACACUUAAAUUUGGUAACAGCAGCCGAGAGUAUGUGAUGCUGCACGAGAAUUCAGCUGGAUGAUGGGAAUUGUCUGCAGAGUAAUAUUAUUUGUAGAUUUUCUGGGAAUUUUCUGCGAGGGGUGGGGAUAUACUACCCAAACCUUAAUAGUUCUCUAAUAGUUGUAUGAUCAGAAUUUUGCCAUCAACUCUAUUAACAUCUAGCAAGCUUUGUUACUUGAGGCUUCAAAUUUAUUUAUUUUAUUGAAGUUCUUCUUUAA